AGACAUCACGAGGGUCCGCGACGUCACAACUACAGGGCAGCCGGAAGUGCUCGUGACGUCACCGGCGCACGGCAACAAGACGACGGUGUUGCAACAAUACAUUUGGUUACAUUUGAUCAUCGGAUCCAUUUUUUUUUUUUUGUGUCUUUGUUUUUAUACUAAAAAGAGAUCCGAGCCGAGCGAAACGUGCGCACAGUGAAAGAGACGACGGCUGUGUGUCGAUUCCGGAGUCUUUCACCAUGUCGAAUCGUCUGGCCUUUCAGACUCAGCUAGCCUCCAUCAUGGAGGUACUAGCGAACGCAGCCGUGGCAGAAAUCUGUAAACUGGUGGACGAUGAUUACGCGGUGAUUAACCUGCAGAUGUCUCAGUGCCAGCGCGAAAACAAGGCACUGAAGAGGAAACUUCAUCUGAUGGAGCUGCGGAUGGCCCGCGGUUACGCCGAGAGGAGAAUCCGAGAAAGCUCAGGAAAUCGCUCCAGUAGAGUCCAAGUGAGCGCAAAUCUAGCAGACAAAUACAGAGCUCCUGUUUCCGAUAUUUUUCCAAAUCAAGUUGAACUCUAUGAGAGGCAGUUAAAUGAGGAUGUUUGGAGAGAUGGGGAACCUUCUGCUGCAGACGUUCCAAUCGGGCAUCCUGUCAUCAAACAUGAUGAAAAUGGGCAUGAAGACUCCUGCCAGGCUGGACCAAACAAUAUACUUGUCAAGGCUGAGACAUCCGAUGAGGGCCACAUACAGCAGCAACUAUUCAUUCGAGAAGAUGGAGUGGCAGAACCAGCUUGUGAAGGUGUGGAAGCAGAUUAUGGUGCUGCUCAAGUGGAUAAAGUGGAUGGUCAGAUCUCCAGGACACGGCACGAGGCUUUGGAGCACCAAAAGACAGAUGAUGAAGAGCCAGACGUGCUGUUCAUCAAGGAAGAGCAUUCAGAGCUGGAGGAGCAAGAAAGACAGACACACGGAGGCAUGACCCUGCAAGAUGGAUUUGUGGAGUCCAGUACAGACAUUUGUGGAAACGGAGUCUCUUCCUCGCCUGCACAGAUCAAAUUAGCCCUCAGUGUAUCAGAGACUCUUGAGUUGGAGUCGUCUCUUGUGAAGGAUGAAAGCAGACUACAAGAAGAACACCAGGGAACUUCCAAUCAGUCAACAGACAUGCAGAUUACUUUACAGAAUGUGGUAGACUCCCAGACUGCUGGGUCUCUGUGUUCACACGAGCCAGUUCUUCCUCAGAGAAACGUCAAAGUGUGGGAUAUUCCCUCUUCCCAGUCUCAUCUCCAAGGGCCAGAUGAGAGCAGCAACAUCCCACUUUCAAACCUGGAUGCUCAGAGAAAAACGGUAGUGUCUGUAGAUGUGCUAGGGACAAAUAGUACACUGUAUGAGAGGGCGAAGGAGCUGGAGAGUUCUUUUCCACGCUGGGCUGCAAAUAGCCCAUCUGACAGUCAGCCAUCUUGCUCUUAUAUUGUGGAAGUAGAGCAAGACCAAGACUGUGUUCUGGUACAGCCAGGACCUGUGUCUGUUAGGGGGACGAACAAAGGGACUGUGUCCAACAGACUUCAGGCUGCCAGAGGGCUUCAUAGGGUAGGGGCAGAAUGGAGCACAGCUUCAAGCCAAGCUCAUCCUCAGCAGUUCAGUCACUUCAACAAGACUCGAAUAGAGUCAGCAAACAGAGCAAAACUCACUCAGGCCAUUCCAAAUUUGCCACAUCCUGGGGUUUCUCUCGAUGGGCUACCGCUUCCAAGGCGCAUGGAAAAGGGCAAGAGGAAAAAUUAUAUCUGCAGGUACUGUGGAAAGGCUUUCACUGGGCAGUCUAACUUAGAGGCUCAUCAACGCAUCCACACUGGAGAGAAACCUUUCAAGUGUGAGACCUGUGGGAAACUCUUUACAGAAGCAGGAAACCUGAAAAAGCAUCAGAGAGUUCAUACUGGAGAGAAACCGUUUGUGUGUAAUCGUUGUGGGAAGCGUUUUGCCUGGAUCUGCAAUCUCAGGACACAUCAGCAGUCAGCUUCCUGUGGGGGAGUGUAAGGAAAAAGAUCUGAUCUGCUCAUUCACACUGAAAAAGUGCAAAUAUAAUGCACAAAUCUGUGUGCCUGGUUUAAAAACAUUUGGAUAAGUGAAAUCAGGUCGAUCCAGUAAUUAUUAGACAAUAACUAAACAUGUUUAAAGACAUGAGUGUAGAAGACCUGAGUGUGGAGUAGGGCUGGGCAAUAUGACAAAAUGAUAUUGAUAUCUUGAUAUAAUAACGUCAUGAUACACCUUUCAUCUAUAACAUUAGGUAUCAGUGUUUUUAUAAAAAAAAUCUUAAUGGACAGUAUUUGUACCAGUAUUUUAAUUUUCCCCUCUUUUCCACCUUCCUUCAUUAAAUGCUUCCGACAAACAUUUCUGAACAUACAGUAGCUUGUGUAGGCAUUGUGUGUUAGCAGAAAGUUACACACAAAAAUUAUAUUGUGCAUCAUAAAGGUGUGUUUAAGUAUCAUGAUAUGAUAUUUUUGCCCUAUCGCCCACCCCUAGUGUGGAUGAGCAAGAAUGAACAUAGCUGGAAGUUUUAAAAGACACACGGUGCUUUCCUCUAUAUUGGUUUGGUGCCUUAAUUGUUAUCUGUAAACUUGGUCUGUUAUAAGAUUUCAGAAAUUGCAAACACCAUUCUACCUCUUGAAUUUUUCUGCAGACAAAAACAAAGCAAUAUAUUUGAACCAGAUGAAAGAGAAUCCAAUUAUGAUUCAACACCAUAACAUGUUCAUCUGAAAAUGACAAUAGCAAUGUACCAUGACCUCCAGUGUAUGUUGACUCAUUGUAAAAUAAAGGAAUGGAAAAGAUCACCUUAAAUGUUGGAAUCAUUUGUAAAACAAAA